AGGAACAUGAGAGGCUGUGAGGAUGAAGAGCAAGAGCUGGAAACAAACAUCAGUGAAGAAUGAAGGGUUUAGUGUGUUUACUGCUGCUGUUGGAAACCUUUGUGUGUGUCGUACAGCAUCAGGUAGAUGGAGGACUCAAUGAGAAUGAGAUCAGUCAACAGCUCAGGUCUGAGGACGGAGGACAGAAUCCACCUCAAACAGACACUUUGAGAGAUGAAGCUUCAACUGACAGCCGACAAAACUACCAUCUGUGCUUCACUGACAUCCAUGCAGCGCUGAGAGAACUGACCGCUACAGUUACAGAGCAGAAAACCAACAUCAGAGAACUGACCGCCACAGUUACAGAGCAGAAAACACACAUUAGAGAACUGACCGCCACAGUUACAGAGCAGAAAACAAACAUCAGAGAACUGACCACCACAGUUACAGAGCAGAAAACAAACAUCAGAGAACUGACCGCCACAGUUACAGAGCAGAAAACAAACAUCAGAGAACUGACCGCCUCAGUUACAGAGCAGAAAACAAACAUCAGAGAACUGACCGCCACAGUUAGAGAGCAGAAAACAAACAUCAGAGAACUGACCACCACAGUUACAGAGCAGAAAACAAACAUCAGAGAACUGACCGCCACAGUUACAGAGCAGAAAACAAACAUCAGAGAACUGACCGCCUCAGUUACAGAGCAGAAAACAAACAUCAGAGAACUGACCGCCACAGUUAGAGAGCAGAAAACAAACAUCAGAGAACUGACCACCACAGUUACAGAGCAGAAAACAAACAUCAGAGAACUGACCGCCACAGUUACAGAGCAGAAAACAAACAUCAGAGAACUGACCGCCACAGUUACAGAGCAGAAAACAAACAUCAGAGAACUGACCACCACAGUUACAGAGCAGAAAACCAUCAACAGAGAACUGACCGCCACAGUUACAGAGCAGAAAUCACACAUCAGAGAACUGACCGCCACAGUUACAGAGCAGAAAACAAACAUCAGAGAACUGACCGCCACAGUUACAGAGCAGAAAACCAUCAACAGAGCUUUAGAGACGCAACUGAGGGAACAACAGAUGUUUAUCCUGGAAGAGAUGAACAAGAAAAAUGAUGUUAUCCUGGAAAAGAUGAACAAGAAAAAUGCUGAAAUAUCAAAUCUUACUCUGAGUCAAGUGGAGGAGUUGAGAAAGGAAAAUAGAGACAGAGAAAUAGCUUUUUCAGCUUCACUGGUGCAAUCUGGCGGUGGAGAUAUUGGUCCUUUUACCUCUGAAAUCACACUAACCUACAGGAAUGUCUUCACAAACAUAGGGAACGCCUACAACCCAAAUACAGGUGUUUUCACAGCCCCGCUGAAAGGAGCGUACAUGUUCAGAAUCUCUGUAUUUGGUCAUGGCCCAACAGUAGCAGCUGCAUCCAUUUUUAAGAAUGGAGAGCGUGUGGUUUCAGCAUAUGCUAAUCAGCCUCAGAGGGAGUUAAGCUCCUCGAAUGGAGUUGUGUUGAUCCUGGAGGUUGGAGAUGUUGUCUAUGUGAGACUUUGGUCUAACGCGAGGAUAUAUGAUAGCUACAAUCACCACAGCACUUUCAGUGGUUUCCUACUGUUUCCCUUAAGAGAACAGGAGCUUUGCAGAAUGUGAUUCCAAUAAUUCUGAACCUUCAGCG